CUCUCAAUUAUAAUAUAACGAGUUUAAAUAUUGUUUGAUAACUAAUUAUAUCUGAGUAGAAAUGAUCACCUGAAUAAUGAAACUGAAGAAGCCCAAAGAUGGGGGCUGCAUCAGCAAGUUUGCGGACACUAGCAAGAGUCCAAAGGAGCGGUUACAGGCUUAUCUACAUGCUAAAGAUGGUCGCAGUAAGGACCCGUAUGAAGGUACCUCCUUCUUGAGGGAUAAUUGUGGUGAGAUCAUAUUCUUGAUCUACGAAGCUUUCUGGCACUAUCUUGACCAUGUACAAAUGAAGAAACACAAGAAAAGUGGGGCUGAGGAAGCUGAUUUAUUGGAUGUUAUUAUACCGACUUUAGAAAGAGUUUUACAAUACCUACCGGACAAAAUCAAUGAUUUGUGGCAUUACCAUGGGAUCGCUGGGAUGCUCAAAGAGAUAUUAUCAUCAACCGUCAAUCUCGCUCCAAAUAAUACAGCGACACUUAAACAAAAAGGUAUAAGGCUAACGGUACUUUGGAUUUUGGGUCUCAUGGAUUUGAAACACAAGCACAACUCAAUAGCGGUUGAUGUUUUCAACCACAUCUUACCGGAAAUAAAGCAUCCCGAACAAGACAGUCCUGACAGAGAAACAGUCGUCCCACGGUUCGAGUUCCUACUGGACAGUCUCACUUGCAACAUAACACACAUACACUGGCCCAAUGUCACUGAAGUGGAGCUGCAAGAACGCCGCAUCAAAGGGUUUAGAACAGUUUUUAACCUCUGCAAGAAAAACUACCUCGAAGAGAUACUUCGAGGUUACGAAAAACGUAAAGAAAGAAGCUCGAAACACCGGACAACGUCAGAGUGUAAACGCUCUUCAACGUUAUCCUCAAGUGGUCACGUGAGACUCUACGAGAACAUUCCCGAACACCGGAGUGAACACAGUCAGUCAGCGUCACUGCCACCAGCUCUCCCACCUCGUGAACACAGACUAGAACGGGUCCACUCCUCUACCUCCUCCUACAGAUCCGACCCGGACACAGGCACUCCCGACUCACCCUUACCUCAGUCAUUGCCCACAGACGAUAAUAUCUUUGCUAUCAAGCCCCUUAGCUAUCACGAUUACGAGGAGGUAGAGGAGCGGUGCACCAAAUGUAGAAGUUCCGGACACAGCACCAGGAACUGUCCGCUUUGUCCACGCUGUGAAUCUAACCACAGGGGAACUGACUGCCCGCUGAUCAUUGAGAAAGAGGUGGGAGACCACUUCAACAAACCAAUGAAUGAAUUGCCAAACGAUCAGUUGGAGAGCAUCUUCCUGCUGAGUGAUAAGAUCAUGAAGUGGUUUGUGAAGCACGGGAAAUCAAUUUUACCGCACGAAAAGACCAAUUGUAUGUUUGUUUCUAAAAUGGGUGACACGUAUACAGAGGCGGAGAAUUAUAAAGAACAGAUUGAAGUGUGUCGGAUAGUGGAUAGAGUGCUCUUCACGGACAGAGACAACGUUAAACUUAUGAACGACGCUUUCGAACAUGGACCUCUCAUUUUGCAGAGAAGAACGGAGAGUAACUUUGCAGAUCUCAUGUCGCUAGAGGAACACCAGGAGUUUAGCUUCAUCAAGAUGAUAACAUUGUACAGCGAACUGAUCUACAACAUUAAAGACUGCAAUGUGCUGGGGAACAAGACGGAGAGCCAGCAUUGUCCCGAGUUCCUCUCUGAUAAUCCUAGGAACAGCAAGAGACGGAGGCAGAAAAACUCUAAAGUAAUUAGGAGCUUUCUGAAGUCAGCGACUCUGAACGUUGCUCCCCUUCUCAGAUAUCCUUAUUCCUACUCGAACUUCUCAGGGCAGACAAAGAAAAUGAUCGAGUUAGUUGCUCAAACUACCAUGGGAUAUUACAGUCUGAUUGUUCAGCAGAUAGAGCAGGCAGAUGCUAACACCUGCUUUAGGAUUAUUCUCUGCAUGAUCAAGGGUAUCGAGCAUAACUUCGACAACAACUUCCCCAUACAAACGUACGAGAAGCAGCUUCUAAACCUGCUGCACGUUGUAAGGUUUGUGGGCAGGAAGGUUGUUCUGCCGAUCAACACGUGGAAACAUCUUAGAAACCUUCUAUCCAAACUUGAGGAGAAAGACGAAACUGCUCCAAAGGCAAACGAGUUUUGGCACGAAGUCAUGAAAACACUCACUCAAGAGAUAUUUGUUCAGGUGUACGGUGUAGAGUGGAAACCUCACUGUGAAAAAGACGAAAAAACUCCGAAAGCAAAAGGUAAACUACAGAGCCAUAUCGAGGAAAAGUCGCAUCUAAAUGCUAAAUUCAACGCUGCCCUGGCAAAACUUCCAAAACUUCAACGUCCUUUUAGAAGUGAAAAAUCGACGAUUCAGAAAAGUAAAACAAAAAGUGGAGAGAGGAUUCAUCCCUGCCAUUCAAUCGAGUAUCACUAUCACGGUCUGAACAAGAUCUUCAUACAAUCUGUCUCCAUAAGAAACGGGAACAACCAGCAAUGGGAUGACCACAAUAACGAUGAUGAUGAGUUGCGACCUAACAACGGAGAGCACCCCAUAAUCCUCUGGAGACGAUUCCUUACAUUGAAGGGAAACCCAAACAAGUUCUCGAAGAGCGCCAUCCUUCAUAAGAGGAUGUUUGAGAGUCUGAGUGAUAUUCUGGACAUGUUACUGUGGCUAGAUGACAACAAGGGAAAGCAAGACAGGAAGCACACAGGCAGCAACUAUCGAGACAACGUGCCUGACCACCCUGUAUUCACCUACAUCUACCAUAUUCUUCCCUGGUUCUUUGAAGCUUUCCUCAUGAACCCGUCAGAAGAGUUCCUACCCGGGAAGAAGUCGGCCAUGAGGAUGCUUUGCAAGUGCCUGGUCAGGUUAAAUCCGAUAAAACCUCCUGUACCAAUGCUUCAUCUGUUCUACAAUGUAUUGUUGAACUGCCUUAAGAAAGAGGGAGUUAGACCGGUAGAGAAGAUAAGCUACAUGGGUAACAACAGGUGCUACCAGAAAACGAAGCAAGACCUGCUGUUUGAAGUGGUGAAAGGAACAAAACACCUCUUCUCCAUCAACCUGAACGGGUGUCAGCUGCACGAUCUUAUGAAGUGUUUGUCCGAGGGAGCCAUCAGUGUCCUGGACCCGACCCUAGCUAGUGGUCCUAAAGCAGAUGCAAUCGUUCUACUUGGCUCCCUCUAUACGUACCCGUGGGCUGAUGAAUCACUCAAACAGCAGAUAGUUAUCACAAUGAAGGAAGUUGCUAAAUCUGAGACUGAUCAGUUCAACAGGAGCCAAGCUAUCCAGAUGUUGGGGUACGUGAUAGUUACCUUGCUCUCAAAGAGAACAGAUUUGAGAGUGGAAGCAGGUCGCGAGUCUCCCACUCAGAUUAUCAACAAAAUAGAGAUAUCAUCACCCAGCGAGAUAUCGUCCUCAAGAUCCAACACCAAGUAUGCUGAUGUCAGGAACCUCACAGAUCUCAUCAAUAUCGUGAUGUUACAGGUGCGGUCUACCAACAGUAAGGUUGCUUUAUCCGCACUCUCCGUUGUCAGAGACGUUGCUGAUGACUUUAACAAACUCCUCCAGGUCGACCCCACUCUUCCUAAACAAAUUAUAGAAACACUACUGUCCUCUCUGCACCAAUACAUGGAUGCUCAGACCCUGACUGAUGAUGAGUAUGAUUGUGGUAGUCCCACUACCCCAGGUUCCACCCCUCUGUUUGACCCUAUCUCUAGUUCCCAGAGCUCUAGUUUUAAUUCUACUCCCAAGCCUCCUCCUGCCAAGGAUAAUGUUUUGAAAUCUUAUCAGGAGGCAGUUAUCACAACAACUAUUAUGGCACUACUUGACUGGGUGUUGUGCAUGCCAGAAAACAUCCACAACACCAAUGCCUCACCAGACGAUCUGAGCAGACCUAGGAAUGUACUCUAUGCUGAGUACACCUCACUUCUUAAAACUGUUUUCAAAGUACUCCAACUGGUGGCACUGGAGAAAACAUUCAGUGAUCAGGUGGGAGCAUACUGUUCAACACACCUAGAUAGACUGAGAGACUACAAGAUAACAGACAUGAGGGAAGGGGACGUGAACCUGGAAACUAUCGACAUGUCCUACCCUGUCCUCCCAGGUUCUCAAGAACCCCAUAUCCACAAGAACAUCAAGUGUUGUGCAGCUGCUGCUCUGCUCAUCUUAUGUCAGCGUUAUCACCAGUUUCCUCUAUGUGGUGGACCUGACUACUCUUCUAGCAUGGUCUACGAGUACAACCGAGAGGAUAAUAAUGGGGAGACCACCCACCUCAGCCAGAAGCAGGAUCUGCAAAUUCUUAUGAUGGACAAAAGCAGCGUUAUUUCGUUGGUGGAGUUUGGUAGUUUGCCCCACAAGGUUGAACUUUUCCUCGACCUACCGUUUGAAUCUCAGCCUGGCUACAGCAGGGUUAUUUUCAGAAACAUUGCCGGAAGGUUUUCUUGGUUGAGUAAAAAGUUGUUUGCUCUUAAAGAGACUCCAGACUCUCCCCUUCCCCCCUCAGAGCUGGUUGAUGGCACUUCUGAUCAAGUUGAUUUAGAAGACUGUCCCACUCUGACUCCCUCCCGAACCCUCUGCAGAACAGACUCUGGUGCUCCAUCUUGCCCUGAUAAUGGGAGGGACAGACUUUAUCAGACGAUAGAUUACAUAAAAGCAACAUCACCUGAACUGCCCUUCUACCGUGAACUGAAGAAACCAAACAGACAGGAGGAUUUGUUUAACAAAGUGGGCAGCAUGCUCCGUAAUCAGAAGAUUAACGAGGAGAAUGAGAAUUCCAUGACAUCUGACACACCUGAUAAUCUGACAAUAGGGAGCGAUGUCUCGGCCAGCCGGUCCAUCUUCUUUGAGACAGGAUCCCCCUUUCAACAAUGUCGCAGUCUCGCAAGUGCACUAGGAUUGCUCUCCUGGAACAAGCGUUUUGAGGAGUACGGUAGACAAGUAGAACUCCUCAACCAAUCAAAGAUUAUCGAGAAGGAGAAAGAUGUGCUGGGAGCUAUAAAUGAACUGGACAACGUUGUCAAUCGAGAAAUACACAAGUUCGGUCUCAUCUACAUCGCUCUGGGGGACGAGAAACGCAAGGAUGCUCUCAGUCACAACGUGGGAUCUAAGGAAUUUGAAGAAUUCGUUCAAGGUUUAGGAUGGGAGGUAAACUGGAGCGAUCUGCAUGGCUACGUGCCAACUAUCGGUACAGACGUGAUGAAGAGCACAACAGUGCACUACGCCACUGCUACAGUAGAGGUUGUGUUUCACAUUGGAACUAGACUGGAACCGGGCAACCAAGAAGCUGCUCUUUACCGGUUUAAGUACAUCGGGAACGAUUACAUUGGGGUUAUCUGGUCCGAACAUAACCGAGAUGUUAACAUAGACACUUUCAAAUCGUCCUACCUGAAUUACGUUAUCGUUAUCUACCCUAUGAAGGAUUUGAAGAAGUGCCGAGUUCAAGUCAUUGUUAAUUUCCGUGACAAGGAGGAGAAGUCCAAGAUAGAACAUGGUAUCGGGCCGCUAUUUGACGGGGCCCUGGUCGACAGGGACAUUUUACCUGAACUAGUCCGGAAAACCAUCAUCAACGCUAAGAGAGCCAUAACUGUCACCCAGAACCGACCCACAUUCUACAGGGAUAGAGCUAGAAAUCUGGACAAAUUGCAGAACUACAAACGAGACGUGACCUUUGAGGAGUUCGCUUGUGAGCUAAUGUCACCUUCCCUCAUAGACUUUGACGAGUACAAGGAUUACGCUAGAUCGACAGUGCCUGAAACCAAGCAGCCACAUCAAAGAGCUGGAUCUUCAAGGAUCUACAAAAAGAAACCUGCUGCUCGACAAAGUACCAGUUAUUCUAGCCAGGACAUGUCCGAGAGUGAGCGAGCUGAGAAAAAGAAAAAGUGGCCCAAGCAACGGGAACUGUCAGAUUCGGAUAAUGUUUAUACUACUAGGAGGUAGCACAGGAUGGUUUUAUUUAGUUAAGACGUUUAUUUCUUAAGUUUUUACUGUUACUAAAUUAAUGAAUUUUUCAUCUUUGGAAGUUGAUUUAUG